GCAUCGACUGAAUACGCCAAGAUGCAUUCGAUGUUCUUUCACGGUGGUGUCAGUGAAACGAUUCUUUUCAAAGAAUGGCGAACGACAGAUUGGAUUGGCAUGGGUGGUUCCAUGAUCGGAAUUAUUCUGCUUACGAUGAUUUACGAAGGACUGAAAAGUUAUCGCGAUCAUCUUUUUAAUUAUACAGCGUUGGCAAACAAGAAUAUAAGGAAAACGAGGAUACAGAUGAUCUUUUCUGUGGUUCAUCUGCUUCAAGUGAUAUUACAUGUUUGCCAAAUGAUAAUAGGAUAUUUUCUAAUGCUAAUAUUUAUGACUUUCAACGUCUGGUUGUGCAUCGCCGUGGUAAUUGGAACAGCAAUCGGUUAUUGGCUCUUCUCUUGGAAAAAAAUAAACAGUGACUAUGUGGAUUGCUGUUCGUGAUAAAAUGAUCGUUUUCUAAGUAGCACUAUAAUUUAAUAAUAAUUAUUUCUACCGUGGUAAUUAAUCUCCCCUCUGUAACUCUAUCAACACAAUGUUAUUAAAUAUUAAUGCUUCAUUUCAUAAUACACUUUAAUUCUCUAUUAUUAUCGAUAAAAGGGUUAAUAAGAUUAAUAAUAAAACAAUAUAAUAAUAAUAAUAAUAAUAAUAAUAAUAAUAAUAAUAAUAAUAAUAAUAAUAACAAUAAUAAUAAUAAUAAUAAUAAUAAUAUAUUUGUAUAAUUAUAUAUUAUAUACGUAUUUAUUUUUUAUAAAUCAAUUUAUUUUUUAAAAGAUAUGCUAAAGUAAAACUAACACAAAGGAUACACACACACACACACACACUUACAGUUUCAUUUAUCCAGUGCAUACAUAUAAUAUCUGAUAAACAUUUGCUCGUAUCAACUGUUGUUAUCUAAUCAGCUAUUUUUUCCUGAUCUUAAAAUUGACAAAACAAUCAAUCAUUAUCAAUGAGACCGAAAUCAUAUAAUCUAACAUAUCUCGAUUCAUCCGUCAUUUCUUGUUAGAAACGCGAACCUUUCGGAAGAAAUGGCUUCCAAUAGAUUUCCAGAAAGCAGUCGUGGUCGUGUGGACGACGAAAAUUUUCCUGAAAUAAAAUCAUCGAAACAAAUCAUUUUAGGGUGGGACAGUUUUAAUUCGAUAACAUUCUUGAUCCUGAUCGUACUUUUUACCAGUUGGUGUUUGACAUAUUUCAUAACUUACGUGCCAAAAGAGGAGCAUAAUGUUCACAAUAAUCCUAGUGAUGGUGGACACGGUAAUCAUUCAGCGCAUGGAUAUUAAAGAUAAAAGGUAGAUGGAAAAAGAAAAAUAAUUUAAUGAAUAAAAAAAAAAAAAAAGAUAAUAAGUUCCAUAAAUCUAUAGCAUAUGACCGUGAUUGAUCUUCAUUUAAUGUUCAACGUGUAUUGAUGCUUAUUAAUGAAAAAGAAAGAAAAAGAAAAAAGAAAAGAACCUGUGAUCUAUAAUAAAACGUACAUAUGGUUGUUAAUCGUUCCAUAGAAAUAAAUAAAAAGGAGUUGUAUAUAAUGGAUUAGGCUGUUUCUCAAUGCGAAAACGAAAUGUUCUAUCUUUGCAUCCAUUUCAACAAUAUGAUCGUUCUAUAUCGAUGUACGAAGAGAACUCUUGUUAUCGGUUAAAUCUGGAACAACGUUGUGAAUUUCAAGGAGCCGAGAGAUUGGAAGGUACCCUCGUUAGCCUCGAUAACGAGACGGUUUAAUCAUCUGUUCGACAAGAGAGAGAGAGAAACUUUUCCUACCAUAAAGCAAUUUGUCCUAUUAAAGAAUCACAGUCAAAGAAGAGAAGCAACCGAACGAAUUUACGUCCGAGUUGUAGAUCGUACAUACGUCGUAUACCGACGAUUAAUAAUUCCUUUAUUAUGACGAUAAUAUCGUUGUUUACAGGAGAAAAAAAAGUACUUUACAAUGAGAAAUAAUUAUACACGACUGGUGAGGAUUGUCCAGGAAUCUUUUUCAAUGGCCGACGGCGAGGGAGGACAAAGAGCGCAAAAGUAGGAGACCGACAGAAAGAGUCAUUAUGCUCGACGUGCCUACGAGGGAAGAGAAUCUCGCGUAAUUUUGCGUCGGAGGAUUUGCGGGUGAAAGGAUUGGUAUAGUUUGGAGCGGAGGAAAAAAAAAUAAAUCCACCUCGUUGUCCGCGAUUCAACAAGGGAAAGAAAAAAAGUAAGAAAGAAAGAAAGAAAGAAAGAAAGAAAGAAAGAAAGAAAGAAAGAAAGAAAGAAAGAAAGAAAGAAAAAGGAAGCCAAUGAUAAUCACGAAUACAAACGAUUCUUAUAAGAUGGCCUUGUUUAUGAAAGCAAGUAAAACCUGAUCUAUUCGAAUUCAUUGAACUUUAUAUCAUAUCUAUUUGGAUCAUGUUAUUUCAUCGAAUCAUUGGAAAUAUUUGAAUGGAACGUUCGUCUCGAAUGUUUUACGUUGUCGUCAUGGUUCCUGAAAAAUGCAUAACGUUGUAUGCUCACAAAAUUGGAAAGAAAAGGAUAGUACGUGCACUGCACUUUCUCUCCCUCUCUCUCUCUCUUUUUCCCUUUCUUCCUCUCUCGUAUGUGACUUUACAGUGUUCUUGCGCCCCCGGAGAGAAGAUUGUUGCGCAAACGUCAGAGAGAAAACAUGCGACGUGUACAUAGACACGAUUUUUAAUACGCCUCUUGCGAAACUGGCUCGCUCGCAGAAUUUUAUCAGCCGCCUUGGAUCUUCCUCUUCGCGAUCACUGAAACCCAAGUAUUGCUUUUGGGAAUUACCGAUCUCAGAGGGAUCUCGCUGAAGGUUCUCUUUUUCUCUCUUUUUCUUUUCCCCCAUCUCUCUCUCUCUCUCUCUCUCUCUCUCUCUCUCUCUCUUAGUUUCUCUACAAAGAGAAAAUGAAAAGAAGAGAAAAAGAAAGUAAGAGAGACAUCGUAGUAGGAUAUUCCCGAAAAGCCAGAACGAUGGAAAAAGCAUUUCCACGUUUGUGCUUGCGAUCUUUCAGACUGUUGUAAUGAGAAACGUCUCUGUCAUUGGUCGAUUCUCUCGAUGACAUUUACAGUCUUUGUAAAAUGACCUUACUUUUUAUUUUUCAACUGAAGAGAUAGAAAGAGAGAAUAACUUCUUAGACAUUUAAAAUAUCUUCGAAAGUCUUUCCAAUGAAAAAAAAAAAAAAAAAAAAAAAAAAAAAAAAAAAAAAGAAGAAGAAAAAAGUCGUUCUGACAAAAAAAAAGAUAAAAAGAAAAGACAAAAAAAAAGAAACAUUUGCAAUUUAUUUGACAUGACAAACGAAAUUUCUGAUGACACAAUUAAUCUCUAUUUUCGCGAAUUAUAAAUCCCUACAAAAAUAAACGAAAACUAUUGCAAUAUGUAAAUAUCGUUACGAUGGAACAUAAAUUAAGAAAGAUACGUAAGGACAGACACGUUAACAGUGGUGAUUCGUAUUCGAGAAUUUAUUUCCUCGCAAGGAAGGCGGUCAACGACGACGACGACAACGACGACGACAGGAAGACGCCGAAGAGAAUCAUAGAAAGGAUAUGCACUUUCGAGUAAGGUAGAAUCGUCGACCGUUAAUUCACGUUAUCGGAACAACGUUGAUUCGCUGCUCGUGUCGUCGUUAUGUCCUACAUAUCGUAUGUACGAGUCGAGUUCGCGAGAGACAAAGAUAUGGCUCGUUCCGUGAAACGCUUCGGUCAAUCGAUCGUCCUUAAACGCUAUAUCCUCCUUUUGCAUCGUCCUGGAGUUAAUGGUACAUGGAUAUUGACAUAUUUCGAGGAUCGAGUAUUUUCAAAUUAGAAGGGUGAACAUAUUUGAGUGUAUGAUCUAUAAGACAGAUUUAAGAAAUAAAAAGGAAAAGAAAAGAAGAGAUAAUCAAUUUUAACAAUAUCCGUAUUAUACAUUUUGAAAAAGAGAAGGUUGAAUGUAACGUGAGGGUUGUAAUUAUCUCGAAAUCAAUGUUAA